AGCUUUAAAGCCGUUGAGAGGCACGCGGUGGGUUCUCCUCACUUCCUGGUUGAAGAUGGCGGAUGAGAAUGAGACAGCACCGAUGCCGGAGAAAGAAGAUGUAGAGGACCACGGACACUGCAGCGACUGUGAAAACGAAGAGCACCACUCCGACGAUGGUGACAGGGGUCUGGGUGACGACACCGGCGCCAAGAAGAAGAAAAAGAAGCAGAAAAAGAAGAAGAAAUCUGGUGCCACAGAAGCUGCUCAGGACCCCCUUGCCAAGGUGAAUUCGUUGCCAGCUGAUAAGCUACAGGAGAUCCAAAAGGCCAUUGAACUGUUCUCUGUAGGCCAAGGCCCUGCCAAAACCAUGGAGGAGGCAACUCGCAGGAGUUACCAGUUCUGGGACACACAGCCUGUGCCCAAGCUAGGAGAGACGGUGACAUCACAUGGCUCCAUUGAACCUGACAAAGACAACAUCCGUGAGGAGCCCUACAGCCUCCCGCAGGGCUUCAGCUGGGACACCCUCGACUUGGGGAACCCUGGUGUGCUCAAGGAGCUUUACACCCUCCUCAACGAGAAUUAUGUUGAAGAUGACGACAACAUGUUCCGAUUUGACUACUCCCCCGAGUUUCUGCUCUGGGCUCUGCGGCCCCCUGGCUGGUUGCCCCAAUGGCAUUGUGGGGUGAGGGUUAACUCCAACCAGAAGCUGGUUGGCUUCAUCAGUGCCAUUCCUGCUUCUAUCUUUAUCUACGACAUAGAAAAGAAAAUGGUUGAGAUCAAUUUCCUCUGCGUCCACAAGAAGCUUCGCUCUAAACGAGUCGCUCCGGUUCUGAUCAGAGAAAUCACCAGACGGGUCAACCUGCAGGGGAUCUUUCAGGCCGUUUACACUGCUGGAGUGGUACUGCCCAAACCUGUGGGCACAUGCAGGUACUGGCAUCGCUCUUUGAACCCACGCAAACUAAUCGAGGUGAAGUUCUCCCACCUGAGCAGGAACAUGACGAUGCAGCGCACCAUGAAGUUGUACCGUCUGCCCGAUGCUCCUAAGACUUCAGGUCUGCGGCCGAUGACCAAGAAAGAUGUGCCACUUGUGCAUCGCCUCCUUCGUGAGUACUUGAGCCAGUUCAACCUGGUGCCCGCCAUGAGCCCGGAAGAGGUAGAACACUGGCUGCUGCCCCGAGAGAAUAUUAUCGACACUUACCUGGUGGAUAACGAUGGCAAGGUAACGGAUUUCCUGAGCUUCUACACACUGCCCUCCACCAUUAUGAACCACCCUGUGCACCGCAGUCUAAAAGCAGCGUACUCCUUCUACAACGUGCACACCACCACCCCCCUGCUCGACCUGAUGUGUGACGCCCUCAUCCUGGCCAAAUCGAAAGGGUUUGAUGUCUUCAAUGCACUGGAUCUAAUGGAAAACAAGACUUUCUUGGAGAAGCUUAAGUUCGGCAUCGGUGAUGGAAAUCUACAGUAUUAUCUGUACAAUUGGAAGUGUCCCAGCAUGGGUUCAGAAAAGGUCGGGUUGGUACUGCAGUGACAUCCCUUUACGCCAUAAUCAAAGUGUCACCAACAGGCCAGGAGACUGCACCAUCGCACUGACCACCUGACAGAUGGACUGAUGACUUCCUGCUUCAGGAAAGGAAAACCCACCGCCCAUUUUUACUUUUUUUGACCUUUUGAACUUUGACCUGCACUACCGCUGCCAGGCAGGGAGGCGGGGAGAGCCUCGCUGCUCCUCUUCCUCCCUCAAUCACAUGGACCUUAAGCCAUUGUUACCAUCCCAAACAACUGUAUUUCAUCUGAGAGCUGUCUUGAUUGUACCAAACACGCAUACACACACAAGAACAGUUUGCACAGAUUACUGUAUAUCAAACACUCACUGUUGGCAUACCUACAAAAAACAAUACAUGUAAAUAAUAUCAAACAUUACUGCGGAUUAUGCCCUAACACAUACAGACUAGAACUGACUGUUUUGUUUGAUUCCUAAAUGUUGGAAGUGCUUUUUGCAAUUAAAAUAAAUCUGUCAUCUUUAAGUUUUAGAGAUAAAAAAAAAAAAUCAAAAUGAUCAAAAAAUAUUUUAAAGAGGAAAAGGUUCAAAAAGGUGAGGUAAUAAAUACCAAAAGUGGACACCAGAUAAGGGCUUCUGUUAAGAUUUCUCUUGUCAUGCUGUGUCUUUUUUUAAUUUUUCUCAUCAAAACCUCUGUCAUUAUGGAGAUGCUUAUGCCUUCUGGAGGUUUUCUCAUCCGUAUUAACUUUCAUGACCCUCCUCCCUAGCUUACUGCACUAACAGAAGAAGCCCUGAAACACAGACUGAUAACAGUGGACCAGCUCAGUUGGAGGGGAGGGAAAUAAAUCAGAGUUGCUUUGGCUGAGGUUGGACUGCCACACAGAGGUUGAAGGCAUUCUGAUGGCGUUUACACAACACAUUUAUCAGCAGGGAUCAGAUUUGUAAUGACACCUCUUUAUUUAACUGUGCUCCAGUUUCAAUGUCCACACAUACCGGCUCUCAGGCUUUUGACAUGCGAAAAGUCUGCAAGAGGUCGAAAUCGAAAGUGCUCGAGUCAUUAGGCAGACUUUGUUUGAGGGAAUCACACAGUAAGUCUUAAUAAUAGUCAUAAAGAUUAAUAUAAUAAAAUGCACCCACAAGAAAAACUGAAAGAUCUGGCAACAAGUUUGAAUGCACUAACUGUGUUUUAGUUCUUAGCUGUAUAUGGGGAAUGAUCAUGGUUUGUUUUUGUGUCAUUUGAUGACAUAACAUCACUAAUAUUAUGCUUUAAUGAGCUUUAUUUUGAAAGUGAAACAAAAACAAUAUGAAGUACGAGCACUGCAGACAACAUUUGGAGCUCUACACUGGUCAUGCAGGCGACGUCAGUUUAAAGUCGGUGAGGAGUCAGAGUGGAUGUUGGAACUGGGCCUGUGAAGAGUAGUCUGGACUUCCAGGACAUUGUGCAGAGUGGAUGGUGAUGAUGAUGAUGAUGAUGAUGAUGACGAUGACUGGGGAACUGCCCCCACUUAAAGUGUUUCUUAUGUAAAAUGUUGGUUCUAUUUGCAAACAGAUGUACAAGAAUAAUAGGUCUCAUGGUGUUAUGAUGCAGGAAAAGAAUGUGAAGAUGCAGGUGAUUUCUUUUUUUUUUUUUGAGCAAAAAAAAAAGAAAUAAAAUCUAGAAGUUGCUGUGA